AUGACCACGCAUGAGGCUACCCGAUCUGAUCCUGGCGCUGUCAUCCAAGCAGCACCGAAUCGAAAACGGGUGCUCGGCCACAGACUCAACCCACAGUUCUUCCCGACGACGGAGCUCCUUGUUAAACGGCCUCGCCGCGUAACGAAGGAGACGUGGAAGGCAAGGGAGGCCAGAGAGGCAAGGGAGGCACUUGAGGAAGUGGAGGCGAAGCGGUCUCAGACCUCUUUGGAUCGGUAUUGA